AUGUCAUUGUAUAAAUCAUUAGAAAACGUUAACACCAACUCUUGUUCCUGUUUCUCUCUAAAUAAUGUAACAUCAGGAGUUAAUGCUAAUUUUCUUGCUAAUACUUUAGGUGUUUCUCCUCUUUAUAAGCAAAACGAUUCUGCUAGAUGGCAGACAGCUGCUAACGUUUUUAAAACAUCACAAGUCCAAAAUCCUGUAUCAGCACAGAUAUAUUUAUCAGGUGGUGGACCACUAUCAAGGCAUACGUCGCAUUUAUUAAUUCAUCAAAUUGGUAAUACUGUUCCAACACCUAUAAAUUUAAGUGAAAUAUCUGCCGCAAAUAGAAAUGCUUAUAAAGAUAAUUAUUUAGAAAAAAAUUGUGAAAUACCAAAAGGAUCAUUAGAGUUGGAGGCAAUUGCAUCUGUUCAUGAACUAGCUUCACGUGUUCAAACAGUUUCUGUCUCUGAAAUGUUACCACGAACAUCUGAUUUAAUAUUUGUUAAUAUUAAAACAGUUGAAGAUGUUCCAUAUACUUUAGAAUUAACAAUGAAAGGAUGGAGGGUUGCAUCAUUACAUACUGAUUCAAUGAAUGGUGAUUAUAAUCAAGUAGAUCUUCAUACUCGAUAUUUUGAUGAUGUUAGGGAACUAGUUGAUUUUGUAUCUCCAGGAAGUAAAGAUUAUUUAAAUCAACUAUUGGUUACUAAGUUAUCUCAACUUACAAAUGAUGAUAAUCAAAAAAAUGAAGAUGAUGAUGAAAUAAUGAAUAAUGAUGAAACUUUAACUUAUUUUAAUAAUCUUAAAAAUAAACCAAUAUCUUUAAGAUCAUUUUCAGCACCAAUCGGAGAUUCAAAACAAUAUGAUGAGAUAAGACAUUUUUUAGAGAAGCAAAUGAAGUAA